GGACAAGUCGGGAGAGGAAGGAACGGACUGCGUGAAGACGCAGCACUAGGGCUACGCCCCAGAGCCCCAGAAUUGAUUUCAGCGCCAGCUCCUGAAAUCGUCUGGGCGGGCCGCGUUUGGAAGUGGGCGGACCGAGCGAGCCCGCGGCCGCUUUCGAUUUCUCUUUCCGCUAAGCGGCUGCUCUUCUGGCCCGCGCUCCCAGGCUCAGCCGGCUCCCCGGGCCUUCCGGGAGCCCCGCCCCGGCGCGUCCCUACUCCCUCCUCCAGGCCGCAGCCCCAGCGCCGACUCGCCCGCAGACUCGGACAGAGCCGGACCCAGCGGGGACAUCGGAGAACCCAGGCCGGGACGGCACGCAGGACAGGGCCUGCGCGCCAAUGGCCACCUCGGGGCCCCCUGCUCCUGGAGGGUGCCUCCGCCUCCCCCGAGCUUGCUGCGCGUGGCUGGGGGCGACGCUGCUGCUUCUCGGGGACUGGGUGCUGCUCCGGCGAGCGCUGCCCGGCAUAGUCUCCUUGCUGGUGCCCGUGGUGCCGCCGCUGCUCCGGGUCUGGGCGGUGGGUUUGGGCCGCUGGGCAGUGCUGUGGCUUGGGGCCCGCGGGGUCCUCAGGGCCACGGUCGACUCCAAGAGCGAAAGCGUACGAGGCCAGGGCUGGCUGGCUGUUUUGGAGCCACUGGCGGCGGCGUUGGGCUUGGCCCUGCCGGGACUUGCCUCGUUUCGAGAACUGAGAUCGUGGGGCGUCCCCAGGAACAUUGAAAGCACCAAACUGCUUCACUGGGCAGGUCGCCCCGACGCCUUCGUCCUCAGCUACGCCGCGGCGCUGCCCGCAGCCAUUCUGUGGCACAAAUUCGAGAGCUUAUGGGUGCUCGGCGGACAGGGGGGCUCUGGAGAGGUGGUGACUCGACUACUACGCUGCAUAGGCCCUGAGAUACGCCGUUACCCUCUCGUUUUGGGCCUGUUGAUCUUUUCCUGUCUCGGGGAGAUGGCCAUACCAUUCUUCACCGGCCGCCUUGCUGACUGGAUUCUGCAAGAUGGGGCAGCUCCUGGCUUCACCAGAAACAUAACUUUCAUGUCCCUUCUCACCAUAGCCAGUGCAGUGCUGGAAUUCCUGGGUGAUGGGCUCUAUAACAGUACCAUGGGCCGCAUGCACAGCCGCCUGCAGGGAGACGUAUUUCAGGCUGUCCUCCGCCAAGAGACAGAGUUUUUCCAACAGAACCAAACAGGUGCCAUCACAUCUCGGGUAACAGAUGACACAUCCACCCUGAGUGAUUCUCUGAGUGAGAAGCUGAACCUGUUGAUGUGGUACCUGGUACGGGGGCUGUGUCUCUUGGGGCUCAUGCUCUGGGAGUCAGUGUCCCUCACCAUGGUCACCCUGGUCAACCUGCCUCUGCUCUUCCUUCUGCCUAAGAAGCUGGGAAAAUGGCACCAGUUGCUGGCAGUACGUGUGCAGAAAUCUCUGGCAGAGGCUAGCCAGGUGGCCAUUGAAGCCCUGUCAGCUAUGCCUACAGUCCGGAGCUUUGCCAAUGAGGAGGGUGAGGACCGGAGGUUUAGGCAAAAGCUACAGGAAAUGAAGACACUCAACCAGCAGGAGGCACUGGCCUAUGCAGUCAGCUUCUGGACCACCAGUAUCUCAGGGAUGUUGCUGAAGGUGGGAAUCCUGUACAUUGGUGGGCAGCUGGUGACAAGUGGGACCGUAAGCAGUGGGAACCUUGUUGCAUUUGUUCUCUACCAGAUCCAGUUCACCACAGCUAUUGAGGUUCUGGUCUCUACGUACCCCAGCGUACAGAAGGCUGUGGGCUCCUCAGAGAAAAUAUUUGAAUACCUGGACCGUACCCCUCGUUGCCCAGCCAGUGGUCCUUUGGCUUCCUUGAACUUGGAAGGCCAUGUCCAGUUCCAAGAUGUCUCCUUUGCCUACCCAACCCAGCCAGAUGUUCCAGUACUGAAGGGCCUGACGUUCACCCUUAGUCCUGGUGAAGUGACUGCACUGGUGGGGCCCAAUGGGUCCGGGAAGAGCACAGUGGCUGCCCUGCUGCAGAAUCUGUACCAGCCCACAGGGGGCCAGCUGCUGCUGGAUGGCAAGCCCCUUCCCCAAUAUGAGCACCGCUACUUGCACAAACAGGUGGCUGCAGUGGGACAAGAGCCACAGCUGUUUGGAAGAAGUUUUCGAGAAAAUAUCGCCUAUGGCAUGACCCAGGAGCCAGAUAUGGCAGAAAUCACAGCUGCUGCAAAGGAGUCUGGAGCCGAUAGUUUCAUCUCUAGACUCCCUCAGGGCUAUGACACAGAGGUAGGUGAGGCCGGGAGCCAGUUAUCAGGGGGUCAGCGACAGGCAGUGGCCUUGGCCCGAGCACUGAUCCGGAAACCACGUGUACUCAUCCUGGAUGAUGCCACCAGUGCCCUGGAUGCAGACAAUCAGUCACGGGUGGAGCAGCUCCUGUACGAUAGCCCCCAUCGGUGCUCUCGGUCUGUUCUGCUCAUCACUCAGCGUCUAAACUUGGUGGAGCGGGCUAACCAAAUCCUCUUUCUGGAAGGGGGUACCAUCUGUGAGGCAGGAACCCACCAGCAGCUAAUGGAGAAUCACGGACGCUACUCAGCCAUGGUGCAGGCCCCUGGGGAGUCAGAUGUUCCAGAAUGAGAGACUUCUUGGACCUGCACACUCCAUCUUCCUCCUUUUGCUUUUUUUUUUUUUUCCUCCUCUUCGGGGUGGAAAAUUUGGAACAAAGGAGAUCUUAUCAGUGGCAGAGUAUGCAGCUGCUUCUAGAAGGAGUUACAUCCUAAAAUGUAACCUUGAUGAUGCCUGAAAUUCUGCCAUGAGUGUUACCUAGUUUUUCUCUCCAAGCACUUCUUGAUAAUGCCACGGCCAUAGGGGUUAUAACUCCUUAGUGUCACUGGGUUUAGAGCCAGGUGUGGAUAGCACUCUGAACAUGAGAAAUAUUCAGAAUAUACAGAAAAGGGAAAUCAGCUCCUUUCUAAUACAACUGAAGGCAGUAUGUUGGCCUGUAAAUAACCUGUGGAUUCUUGAUAUUUAUAAUAAACGGGGUAUUUUGUACUGUG